AUGCCUGAAGAAACUAACCCAAUACCAAUUCCAGAGGUGGAGCAAGAUAAAAAGGAUCAAAGUCAAGAACUUCCCACACCAAAUUCAAAACAAAAUCCAAUUUCACCAUUAUCAUUAUCAUUACCAGAUAAUAAUGAAACAAAUAGUAUAUCAAAAAUCUUAUCAGAAGUACAACCAUUAUUAAAUGGUUUUUCUCCCAAAACCAAUGAACAAGAUUCCAAUACAAGAUUAAAUUCUAUUUCAUCAUCACCAGGAACAAGUACAUCAAAUGGAGUUGAAAAUUUAACAAUUGAUGAAUUUCAACCAUUAACUCAUGAAAAUUUAUCUGGAGUUAAAUCUCAUUCAAAUUCUUUUUCAAAUGUUACAAAUAAUUCAGGAGAUGGAUCAAAAUUAAAUAAAACAUUAUCUAAUUCUUCAAAUACUUCAAGAAAAUCAUUUUCUCAAAAUACAAAUAAAGAAGUUAUAAAAUUACCAAAAAUUGGUAAAAUUGGAGUUUGUGCAAUGGAUGCUAAAGUUUUAUCAAAACCUUGUAGAAGAAUUUUAAAUAGAUUAAUUGAAAAUGGAGAAUUUGAAACUGUUAUAUUUGGUGAUAAAGUUAUAUUAGAUGAACAAAUUGAAAAUUGGCCAACUUGUGAUUUCUUAAUUAGUUUUUUUUCAACUGGUUUUCCCUUGGAUAAAGCUAUUGCUUAUGUUGAUUAUAGAAAACCUUUUAUCAUUAAUGAUUUAGUGUUUCAAAAGGCUCUUUGGGAUAGACGUGUUGUUUUGAGUAUUUUAAAUCAUGCAAAUGUACCUACUCCAGAAAGGGUUGAAAUAAGUAGAGAUGGAGGUCCAUAUAUGGAAUUACUGUUAGUAGAAAGAUUGAAAGAAAUUGGAUUUAGUGAUGAAAAAUUACAUGCUAUGAGCAAUCAAAAGGAACCAGAUUGGGAAAUGAUAGAUGAUGAUACUUUGAGAGUAGGUAAAAAAAUAAUUAAAAAACCCUUUGUUGAAAAACCAGUUGAUGGAGAAGAUCAUAAUGUUUAUAUUUAUUACCCUAAAGCAACUGGAGGAGGUGGUAGAAAACUAUUUAGAAAAGUUGGUAACAAAUCUUCUGAAUUUGAUCCUGAUUUAACAACACCAAGAUUGGAUGGAUCAUUUAUUUAUGAAAACUUUUUAGAUACUGAUAAUUUUGAAGAUGUAAAGGCAUACACUGUUGGACCUAAUUAUUGUCAUGCUGAAACUAGAAAAUCUCCAGUAGUAGAUGGUAUUGUUAGAAGAAAUACUCACGGUAAAGAAGUGAGAUACGUUACUGAACUUAGUGACGCUGAAAAAAUUAUGGCAAGAUCGGUCAGUGCUGCUUUCAAACAAGCUAUUUGUGGAUUUGAUUUGUUAAGAGUGAAUGGUAAUUCAUAUGUAAUUGAUGUGAAUGGGUUUUCAUUUGUUAAAGAUAAUAAUGAAUAUUAUGAUUCAUGUGCUAGUAUUUUAAGAAAUUUAUUCAUAGAUGCUAAAAAAUCAAGAGAUUUAUUGAAAAAUAGGGUACCAAAGUCUUUGCAAAAAAGUCAAUUUGAAGAGAAAGAACAGAAAUGGGUAUUUAAGGGCUUGGUUAGUGUUACAAGACAUGCUGAUCGUACUCCAAAACAAAAAUUCAAAUAUUCUUUUAAAUCUCCUUUAUUCAUUAGUUUACUAAAAGGUCAUACGGAAGAAGUUAUUAUUAGACAAGUUCCAGAUUUACAAAUAGUCUUAGAAACAGUGAAAAUUGCAGAAGAAAAAAAAUUAGAAGAUCCAAAGAAAUUAAAACAAUUAAGAAUGGCAUUAGAGAAAAAAAUGAAUUUUCCUGGUACUAAAAUUCAGAUUAAACCUUCAUUGAAUGAAGAUGAAACUGUUGAAAAAGUUCAAUUGAUUCUAAAAUGGGGAGGUGAGCCAACACAUUCCGCUAAACAUCAAGCUACUGAUGUUGGUGAACAAAUGAGACAAAAUUUAAAAUUAUUAAAUAGAGAAGCAUUAAAUGAUGUAAAAGUCUUUACAUCAUCAGAAAGAAGAGUAAUUACAAGUGCUCAAUAUUUUACAACUUCAUUAUUAGGUUUAACUAAUGAACCAUUACCUGAAGAUUUCUUAAUUGUUCGUAAAGAUUUAUUAGAUGAUUCAAAUGCUGCUAAAGAUUUAAUGGAUAAAGUUAAAAAGAAAUUAAAACCUUUAUUAAGACAAGGAGCUGAAGCACCACCACAAUUUACAUGGCCUCCAAAAAUGCCUCAACCAUUUGAAGUUAUUAAAAGAGUCUGUGAAUUAAUGAAUUUUCAUCAUCAAAUAAUGAAUUAUAAUUUUGAAACAAAAAAUGUUCAAGAAUUUCAAUCAAAUUGGUGUUGUGGAGAAGAUCCAUUUUUAUUUAAAGAAAGAUGGGAUAAAUUAUUUCAAGAAUUUAUAAGUGUUGAAAAAACUCAUCCUUCUAAAAUUUCAGAAUUAUAUGAUACUAUGAAAUAUGAUGCUUUACAUAAUCGUCAAUUUUUACAAAAGGCAUUUGCAUUUGAUCCAAAUGAUGAAAAAUUAUUAGAAAGAUUAAAAGAAUCUUGUGGUAGUACUGCAACUUCAUCAGGUUUAGUUAGUGAAUAUCCAAUAAAUAUUUUAGCUAUGAAUAAUUUUAAAAUUCCAGAUUCAUCUACUAAUCAAAAUCAAAAAGGAGAUAAUAAUUCAUCAUCUGGUGGAGCAUCAGCAGGUUCAUUAGGUUGGGUAUUAAGUGGAGCUACUAUGGAUUCACAAAAUAAUAGUGCACAAAAACCACCUCAAAAUCCAUUUGAUCAUCCAACUUUUGCAAGAUUAAGAGAAUUAUAUAGAUUAUCAAAAGUAUUAUUUGAUUUUAUAUGUCCACAAGAAUAUGGUAUAAAAGAUGAAGAAAAAUUAGAUAUUGGAUUAUUAACUUCAUUACCAUUAGCAAAACAAAUUUUAUCAGAUAUUCAAGAUAUGAAAAAAAAUAUUUCAUCACCAUCAGUUGUAACAUAUUUUACAAAAGAAAGUCAUAUAUAUACUUUAUUAAAUGUUAUAUAUGGAUCUCAAUUACCAAUGAAAAUUGCAAGAAAUGCAUUACCUGAAUUAGAUUAUUUAUCACAAAUUGUAUUUGAAUUAUAUGAAGCUGAUGAUCCAACUUCAUCAACUGGUAAAAAACAUUCCAUAAGAUUAUCAUUAACUCCUGGAUGUCAUACUCAAGAUCCUUUAGAUGUUCAAUUAGAUGAUGAUCAUUAUAUUGGUUGUAUACCAAGAUUAAGUUUAACAAGACAUUUAGAUAUGGAUUUAGUUACUCAAAGAUUAAAAUCAAGAUUUUCAAGAGUUUCAUUACCUAAAAAAUUUACACCUGUUAAUAUUUCAAGUCCUUUAGUUAGUGGGUUAUAG